AUGUCGUCAAUCGCACGACCCCCAGACCCAUGUCUCGUGGCAAUUAUUCUCAUAGUUCGCUCACGUACCGGCCCGCGCCUCGUCUUCCACUACCCUCCGAAUCCCCUCAGCGAGAACCGCCUUAAAACCACCACGAAGGGCGGCCGUCGCAUUUCCCGCACCCGCACCAAACAGGGCUCCAAGAACACCGAUUCCAGUUCCAGCGAUGACAGUGGACUAAGUUCCGACGAGGACGAGGAAGAACGAGAACUCCAAAACCAGAGCCAAAGUCAAAGCCAGUCUCACGCCCAGAGUCAUGGCGGAGGUGCAAGUUCCGUGCUUGCUGGUCGCCGCGCUAGUAACUUUGCGCUUGAUGAGCUUUUAUUGAAUGCCACAUCGCCUGCUGCGGGCGAUAGCCAGCGACCUGGAUCACUUGGCUCUGGACGUGGCUCGUCAAUGCGCAAACGCGGUGGUGCGGGCUCCGAUCCCGAGGAGGACGGAGGGACAUCUGAUCGGCCGGAUGAUGGUCCUGGAAGUUCAAGACCGCCUUGGGAGUCACUUCUGGGUGUGCCGGGGAGUGUUUGGGAGAAGCUCCUGAGCCCUUCGCGCUCGUGGCAUAAGCGGCGGUUUGAGGUUGGGAUCAAUGAUCUGGCGCUUAUUGGGUGGCCGGUCUUUGUGCGCGAGGAUGGAAGUUGGCGCAAGCAACGGCGCAAGAAAACGAAAAAGCCUCGUGCCGAUUGGGAUGGGGGAGAGUUGGGUCACAACGAGAAUGCCGAGGACGGCCCGAAAGAUGAACGCUUCAUGAUGUCUCCUGAUUUGGGUGCUAGUGUUGCUUCCAUGGCGGACUCGUUGAUAUCGCCCACCGAAAGCAAACGAGGGUCGACGAGUGGGAGACCUGGGAAACCAGAUGAGACAUUUGAUCCCGAAGACAAGGAUCAUAUGACGAUGUUCAAUGUGGUGUUUGUCGUUGACCCGCCCUUGUUGGAAUAUUCAAUGCGCGUGAAAGAAAUCUAUGACAACGUCAUCAAAAAAUUCGCCAAAGCGCUCAAAUGGGAGCAAGCUCGCACUGACUAUGUCUGGAAAGAGUCCCAGCAUAUCUUACAGGUUAGGAGGAGGGCUAGAGAGACCAAGACAUCAACCCAUAACCUUUACUCCGAACUGAUCUCUCAAUCUUCGCUGGCUCGAGCUAUUUACACAGUCUACAGCAGUAUAUCGGCAUCCAAGAUUGCAUCCGUGUCGCUCAGCCCAGAUGUCUCUAUCUCGCUCCAAAUUCCACCCCUGACCUCCACGCCAUGCCUCGCUGGCCCCAUGGACAAGUCAUACCCGGGCCUAUGGCUGACCACGGCAGAUAGUGCCACUCCAGUCGAUGACCCCGGGGCUGAUGAAAGCAAUACGCCACAUCAAGUCCUGGCAAAGCACUUUGCUCUGCUCCUGCUGGAUAGCGAGGCUGCCAUCAUCAAAGAUGUCGAGGCCUCCGGCGGAGCGCUUGCUCCUGCACUAGCACACUACAUCCGGUGUUCUAAACCAACCAAGUCAUUUGCGCAGAUAUCGUUGUCCUCGGGAAUUCCCUUGCCGCACAUCCAGAUGCUCUCGAGCCACCUUGUAUACUGGCGACGUGCUCGUGCCAUCCCCCCAAUUCAUCAGAGAGAUACAUAUAUCGUUUCCCCCAAUUGCGAUCUAAGCAAGCUGGAAAUAGCCACUGUUGCUUAUCAAACAGCAUUCCCAACUUACCCAAGUUUACCCAAGAUGUUGUCCACUCUCAGUGGCACUCCACGCCCAUACAGCAACUUUAUACCCAGCAAAGACCACAAGGAGAUAUACUUCACCAUUCUAGCCUGGCUACUACGUGGUGGCUGGGUUACCCAGCUUCGCACUUUUGCUCGCAUCAAAGUCUCACCAGAGGUCAAAAUGGCUGUGGAAAUGGCCCUACGGAAGGAAGAGGUCGACCGUUACCUGGCUAAAGGAGCCUCAAACUCUCUCUCGAUUGAGUCCGAUGGUGAACACGAGGAAAUCGGUGACACCCACUCUUCCUCUUCAUCUUCUCUCGACAGCCACGAAAGCGGAGAAGAAACUCCCAUGCCCGGCCGCGUCGACCCACAGGCCCGACUUCGUUUCUCUCACAAACUCCUAGAUCGAUCGACUGCUCUCCGCUUAUCUUCCUUUAUUCUCUCUCCUCACCGGGCCUCUCCCCUGGAAUCCCGCUGGCUGGACGAGAUCGUUCGCCGAUUCCCCGACAACCCCAAAACCGACCAGGGAGAGGAAAACGCUAGCCCGGAUAUUACGCCCAACGAUAUCCAGACCAUACAUAAGAAAUAUUGGCCCGUCUUCCUCAAGUACUUUAAUGGUCUCGAUGCCCUGGAGAAAAUCCCUGUGCGCGAGAAUCUCAAGCGCAAGCUGGUCUGGCAGGUUCUCAUGCGACUGGGUCUAGUGACUGGACCACUGGGGUCGAUGGACCUCGACGCUCGCGAACAAGUCCUGGUCAGCGUUCGACACUGGUAG